UCUGUGUGGGUCUGUGCUGGGCGUGGGCUACACGCACUCCGGGUCCCCACUCCCCAUCCUCUCACACUGGAACCACAUUGUUCGACGAGGGCACGUUUCGCUCGAACCAAUGAGUACCUCCGAGUCACCCUGUGCUAUUUAGCGGAAGAAAAGUGAACCGCUCGUGGCAUAUCAUAACAAUUCGAUUAUUUGAAGACGACCGGAAACGGUGCGAAGACUGUUUGGAUAUAUUCAAUUGAAGGGGCAACUUGAGUUGGAACAUUUACCCCUCUGGCAGACAAAACAUCGCUAAUUAGAGCUCUGCUUGUUCUGCAGCAGCAGUGUGUGUGUCUGUGUGUGUGUGAGCCACAGUGGCAAAGAUGACAGAGUACAAGCUGGUGGUUGUGGGUGCUGGAGGCGUGGGCAAGAGUGCACUCACCAUCCAACUCAUCCAGAACCACUUUGUGGAUGAAUAUGACCCCACCAUAGAGGACUCGUAUAGGAAACAGGUUGUGAUUGAUGGAGAAACUUGCCUGCUGGACAUCCUGGAUACUGCAGGUCAGGAGGAAUACAGUGCAAUGAGGGACCAGUACAUGAGGACAGGGGAGGGAUUCCUCUGCGUGUUCGCGAUCAACAACACAAAGUCGUUUGAGGACAUUCAUCAGUACAGAGAACAAAUUAAACGUGUUAAGGACUCAGACGAUGUUCCCAUGGUGCUUGUGGGCAACAAAUGUGACCUCCCGGCACGCACGGUGGACACCAGGCAAGCCCAGGAACUCGCCCGUUCCUACGGCAUCCCUUACAUUGAAACCUCUGCAAAGACACGACAGGGAGUCGAGGAUGCCUUCUACACACUGGUCAGGGAAAUCAGGCAACACAAGCUGAGGAAGCUGAACCCACCAGAUGAGAGUGGUCAGGACUGUAUGAGCUGCCGCUGUGUGGUAUCGUGAUGAAGCUCCACUUCACAGUUUGGAAAGAAAUGGCACAGCACAAGAAGUCACAACAUGGACUUGAAAGUAGGAAUAAAAAAAUUAAUGAUGAAAAUUAAAUAGAAGAUUGCCAUUUUGGUCUCGCGAGAAGAAGCUGAACCAGAGCCGUGAUGGACUGACUAUUGCCUUUGUGCUGAACAAGCUUGGCCAACCCUCUUUGUUUUUUUUUUUUGUUUGUUUUGUUUUUUUUUUUUUGAUUGUUUGCGCUCCAUGUCACAGGUGAGCAAAACCACUAAUCACUAUAAUCAACCCCAACAUGGUCUUGCUGGGUAACUAACUUAUUGUUUUCAGUCUUGACACUGGUCCUACAGGGGGAACCUUGGAUCCCCAACCCCUUUCUCCUCUGAAAUACUCAAUCCGCUUGCAAGCUGGUUUCACACUGGGCAUGGGUAGGCAUUGGACAUUUGUGUGCUCGAUAACCACUCAUGUAACCCACUUUGAAAGUCAUCCGACUACCUCCCUCUAAAGGUGGAGGCUAACCUGGGAAUUUGUACAAGUUGCUGUUGUUGCUUAACAGCUAGCCUCGCUGUAAACGAUGUGCAAUUUGGUUUUGAACUGGAACAUAUUUUGUGGGUGGAUGAUUAGAAAUUCACUGAGCUCGAUUGAGUUAAAACAUGACUUGCUUAUACUAGGGGUAUUAC